AUGUCUGGAAACACUACCUCGGCAACACUGGGCAGGCCGCCGAACACGUUGGAUGAUUACUAUACGAUCCGAGCCCUUCUUCGCGACUUCGGCCUCGACAAGCUCGAUCCGAACGAUGGUUACGUUCUAGUAGGCCCUCGGCCACCUGGGCUGCCGUUUGAGAACAAGCAAGCUGGCAUCAUCGUGGGCAUGGUUAUAAUGAUGCUCAUCAUUAUUCUCCCUACCGGAGCUCGACUGCGUCUUCGCGCCACAAAACAACAGAUGGUCUGGGGCCCAGACGAUUGGGCUAUCCUUUUGGCUGCUGUGGUAUGUUUCCUAUACCCGAUCUUCCAGAUUGUCAUGGUCGUUGACGGCGGCGGGGGGACCCAUAUCUGGGACGUCACAUACACUCAGUACAGAACUUUCAUGGUCUUUGGUCAGGCGAGCAGGACCGUAUACUACGUCGUCGUCGGCUUGGUCAAGCUUUCCAUCACCUUCUUCUUCCGCCGACUAGCAGAUAAGGCGUCGAAAGUCUGGCGGGUCGUCUGCGACUUCUUCCUGGCUACCUGCUGUAUCAACAAGGAGUAUAUCGCCAAGAUUCUCGGGAUCAUGCACGUGGCGCAAGGCGCGCUGAUGCUGACGGUCCCUAUUGCGAUCCUAUGGACGGUGCGCAUCGACCGGGGCAAAAAAGCCCGCCUGUUCCUGAACUGGUUUGUCGGCGCCGUCGCCGUCGUUGGUGGCAUGGUCAAGACGUGGUACUUUGUCUUCAGUCCGGACAUGAUGUGGACUUACGCCGAGAAUGUCCUUCUCUUCACUUCACUCGACCUGUGCCUCGGUAUCGUGACGGCCUCCGUGCCUGUCCUAGAUCACCUACUGGUCUCGUCCUUUGGCUUCAUGGCCAACAAACUCGUCAGCUCCAGCAGCGUGAUUCGAAACCAGGGGUCAGGCACCGGCGGCGUGCAGGGCUCCCGUCGCCCGACCUUGAAGAGCGAUCAGACGACGCGUAGUGCAGGUUCGUCGGCGCUGCCGUACUCCGAGUCCUCUGAAAACAUCAUCAAGAAUCCGAACAACCUCGAGCUCAAGAUCAUGCGAACAAUGGAUGUCAACGUGACAUACGAGCGCAGAAACGACUCGAUAAGCGACGACUGCUAUGAUGAAGAAGGGGUGACGAAAACAAAAGGGGUUUGA